AUGACUGAGGUCUCGGCUACCAGGCUCUAUCUGGGCAACCUCCCACGCAAUGCUACCAAGGCCGAUAUUGAGGCUCACUUUGCAACUCAUGGCACCGGAGAAAUCACCGAGGUGAAGCUGAUGAACGGCUUUGGCUUCAUCGAGUACAAGGACCCAAUGGAUGCCCGCGACGUUGUUCCGGCUUUUCACGGAUCUGACUUCAUGGGGGAGCGCCUUACCGUUCAAUUUGCCCGUGGACCCCGAAACAGGGAGGGUGGCUUUCCUGCCCAUGAGCGUGCACCGCCUCGACCUCGACGAACGCCUCACAGGAUGCAGAUUACCGGUCUUCCGAACGAAACCAGUUGGCAGGAUCUGAAAGACUUUGCACGUCAACCCGGUCUUGACGUCGUAUAUUCCGAAACGGGGCGAGACUCGAAUGGAAGAGGUUUUGUUGAAUACGAAACCGCUGCCGACUUGAGGACCGCUGUUGAGAAGCUCGAUGGUCGCGACUUUAAAGGGAAUCGUGUUCAAUGCGUAGCCGAUACACAACCUGAUAUGCCACAACGGGAUGGACGCGGCCGUUCUCGCUCGCCCGGUGGUGGCGCCGGCGGUGGUGCCGGCGGUGGCCGACUCCCCGCCGAGAUCCGGGGCCCUAUGGCUACCGUGACCGGAGCCCAAGGCGCGAAUAUUACGACGACAGAGCGCGCUAUCGCUCUCCACCGCGUGGGCCGCCUCCAAUGGAAGACUAUCCGCCGCCUCGCGGCCGCUAUGACGAUCCGUAUCGACGGGAUUAUGCUCCCCCUCCCACCGACCCUUACACCAACGGUCGCCAAUAUGACCGACCGCCUCGUGAUUUCGCCCCUCGCGAGCCUGCUUAUCCGCCUCGCGAUGGUUAUUCUCGCGAAUAUGAUCGCGGCGGACGGUACUGAUGAUUGGCCGUUGAAUAAUCCCGCAAGCGAGUUGUUUGUCGUGCAGCGAAUAUGGAUAGGGCUGGGAGGACAACGUUUCGGAACAAUUCGAGAAAAUGCCCGACUUUGA